AUGCCGCACUUGCAGCCGCUGACCGUUCGAGCAGAACCGACCGCCGCAUUGGGUCGUCCUCCGCACCACUCAGGCACCCUGUUUGAGCAGGAUCCCCUUCUUGCUUCGUUCGUCGUGUAUGGUGUUCUCGUGAAAGGCGUUGGAGGAGAAGGGAUAUGCGAGGUCAGCGGUAAGGGUGGCGAUGAUGGGGUCCUAGCUGAGGGAGUGCUUCUGUGCUACAUGUCGGUGCGUUCCAAGGUUGCUUUUUCUGACCUGCACUUCUACAUGUCUUCACACAUAAAUACCAUAUGA